ACAUGGGGCCAACUCCAUCUAGCAACGUAACUGACAUGACGUCACGUACAGGUUGAACAUCUAGGAUGACGGCAACGUUGCCUGACGUCACAAACAGGUCAACGUCUUUGACACUCACAACAACGAGAACAUCACCCUCGAGCCCGUCAUCAGCGCCCAGUGGCUGAGCUCGUGAUGAACAAAUAGCCGGGUAUUGAAGGGAGGAGGAGGACCUGACAGCCUCCUGGCAACACGGCAGAUGGCCGGCGGGUAUUACUAGACAGGAGGGUAGCCGCCAGCCCAGCUCAUUACCUCCAGCUUGCAACGGCCGAUCAGCGUCGUCUGAAAGGACGGGGGCCCUUGAUUAGUGGAACUGGUGAUCACCAUGAUGGUCCGAGGCUGCUUCCUGGUUACAGUAUUCCUUGUGGUCGCGACGAGCAGUGCUCAUGGCGAGAAGAAGAUGUUCUGUUAUUACAGCAGUGAUGCGCAAUACCGCCUUUCGGUGGGUAGAUUCCUACCCGAAAACAUCGACCCGACCUUGUGUACCCACGUGAUCUUCGCAUUUUUCCAGCCCAACGGUCUGGACGUGCAGGCGGUUGGAGCCAGGGAUCUGGUGGACUACUCAGGAGGUCCAGGCCUCUACCAGAGGACGGUGGCGCUGAAGAAGAAAAAUCCUAGACUCCGUGUUCUGCUGGCCAUCGGGGGCUGGGUCAUCGGGUCGAAAGCCCUUCCUCCCGAUCAUUCAGUCUGCCAGUACCAUACGACAAUUCACCAACAACGUUAUUCGCUUUCUCAGCAUAUGGUUCAAAGGUCACAUAAUAUGGACGGCAUGGACAUGGAUUGGGAGUUUCCGGGAGUGCGUGGGAGUACUCCAGAUGACAGGCCGUUGUUUACAUUGCUUCUGAAGACUCUGCAAGAAGAGUUCACAAGGGAGGCUAUUCAGACAGGGCGAGAGAAGCUGAUCCUGACCCUGGCCACAGCAGCAGGGAGCUACUACAUCGACCAGGGAUACGAGACGAGGGAGAUUGCCAAGUACCCUGACUACAUGCUGUUGAUGACUUACAACUAUCACGGGUCAUGGGAGAACAAGACAGGUCACCCAAGCGCAGUGUGGGCCAGUUACCUCGACCAGGGCGACAGACGGGAGCUGUGUAUGAACUGGACAACCCAGUACUGGCUUUCUCAAGGCGCCCCAAGGGAGAAACUGAUCCUGGGACUGGCCACCUACGGCAUGACCUACACCUUGGUCAACCCCGCCAUCAACGGCUUAAUGGCGCCCGCUUAUGGAGGUGGACGAGGGGCUCAGUACACCCAGGAGUAUGGCAUCAUGGCAUUUUACGAGGUGUGCGAGAACCUCGCGCGACACGGAUGGCGGAGCGUGUGGAUAGAGGACCAGAAGGUACCCUACGCCUACGGAGGGGAUCAGUGGGUAGGAUACGACAACGUCGACAGCAUCACCAUCAAGGUUCAGCAGAUAAUCAACAGGUACGACCUGGGCGGCGCAUUCGUGUGGUCAGUCGAGAUGGACGACUUCAGCAAUCACUGCGGCUACGGACCCUACCCUCUCCUCCGCGCCAUCAAAACCACGAUGGACGGAGGCUACGUGGGGCAGACAGUGACCACGCCUCGCCCCCUCGUACCUUUCAUACCCUUCACUGCGACUCCUCCUCCAUUCAAUCUCUUCACCACCCGCCAGCCCUAUAUCCCGCGACCCUCCACAUACAUCCUUAACCCGACGCCUCAGCCACAGACACCGCAUUACCCAGCUAACCAACCGUCCAUGGAUACCAUGAGUAAGCCGGUUAUGGUUUUCCCGUCGACGGACUGCAAACGGCUCGGCCAGGGAAUUUUCGCUGAUCCCACAGCCUGCGGACAGUUUUUCUACUGUGUGGAGGCACUGCAAGGCCACUUCUUCCAGUACACCAUGCGCUGUCCACGACUUCUGAAGUUCGACGCCGUUCUGUUGACGUGUAUCUACGACAGCGACUGCAAGAACGGUGCUUGACCGAACUCUGUGCGGGGCUUAAGGUUUUGGAAAAUGGUAUAUGCACCGAUAAUGACAAUUGAUGCUUUUCACUUGCUUCAUGAAUAUUAAAUUUGAAAGAAAUAAAAAUACCUCAAGCACUAAAA